AUGCCACCUCUGGCCAAAGGUGUCCUGUCCAAUUUGUCGGGGCGCAAGAACGAGACUUUUGAAGUUUCGGUCAUCUCACCACUCAGCGGAGCGCUGAACAACUGCGAGCGCGAUCUAGCUUACAGCUUUGACGACGGGCCAUCAAUCUACCACGGCGAGGUGGAAAUGCUUUUCGACAAUGCGAAAGCGAAGUACACCUCCUUUGUGAACGGCAUGAACUGGUCGUGCAUCUACGACGAGAACAACGUGCAAUCCCUCAGGAAGGCCGUCGCUGCAGGCCAUCAGAUCGGCAGCCACACCUGGUCACACGCACAUCUGAAUUCCUUGACUCCCGAACAGCAGGAUCUCGAGAUCGAGAGGCUGGAAGAAGCUCUGUGGAAGAUCAUUGGCCGUGUUCCUGCCUACUUUCGACCACCUUACGGAGAAUGCGACAAGAAUUGCGUCGAGCGCUUGAACAAGAAGCACGGUCUGACCGUCGUCACCUGGGACGUGGACAGCGGAGACUCCGUCGGAGCUUCGCCAUCCGCAUCCAUCGCGACACUCAACGCGCUCAAGUAUCCCCAGGCCCACAUGCCGCUCUCUCACGAGACUUACCAGUCCAGCGUUGAGACGGUUGCCCCAGCUGUUGUUCCCAGCCUGCAAAAGCAAGGCUACAAGCUCAUGACCAUCCAGCAGUGCUUGGGCGGCAAGGUUCCACCUUACAAGAUCAUUGGCAAACCACAGGAGCGAGACGAGACGUGGACUUGCGCCAACAACGUUUGA